UUCUCGAAGCAUGGAGGCUGCAGUGCGGAUCAGCCUGCCUGGAGGCGGUCUCUACUGGUACUGGCAAGCUGGCGUCCUCUCCUAUAUCGUGGAGCACUAUGACCUCGGCUCCUCGGGCUGCCACAUCGAGGGGGCGAGCGCAGGCGCCCUGUCAGCUGUCCUCACGGCAUGCGCCACCGAGGCAUCCCCACAGAGGGAGAGCCGACGGCGAGAUGAUGAGUCGAUGUCCGGCUAUCAGGGUGCUGCUCCUCGAGAUGGCUGCCCAUUGCUGAGUGCCGUUGGUCGUGCGCUGGACAUUGCCGAGGAGAAUGCGCUGUUCGACAAACCUUUCAGCCUGGCAGGUGGGGGACGGGCUGGGUUGCUCGCGCGCAGGGAGAGUGCAUGGUGUGUGUGUCACGCUGCCUUCUCGUGGUUCGUGUGUGUCUGGGCAAUCAGGUGUGUGGGGCCCUUUGGUCCGGCAGUGGCUGGAGCAGAUGCUGCCCUACGACGCCUUCCACAGAUGCGCGUACGGACGCAACGAACGGCACACAUAAUCCCUCCGCAGUCAGUGUGGCCGUCCGUCUAUCAUUUUCUCCCAUGCAUCCAUCAGUGGCCGCGUGUCCAUCCAAGUGGUGAGGCUUCCCUGGCUGCAGCCCACACGCAUACCAGUGGGUGGAAGGAAACACGAAGAUGCGCACGAGGCGGCGCUGAGUGUGGGCAGCCGUGGGGACUUGGUGGAUGCCCUUAUGGCGUCUGUGCAUAUCCCAUUCUUCCUUGACGGUGGGUGAGGGGGGCACCGCAGCGAAAGAAGCGAGUGCAGCUCAGACAGUGGUGGUCUGCCUGUCUGCCUGCCUGUCUGCCUGUGGGGUGGAUUCAGGUCGUUUGUGGUGCCGUUAUGGGAAGCUGCGAUGCAUCGACGGGACAUUUACAUUCAGGUGGGCACGGCCGUCAGGAAGGGUCAGAUGGAGUGCAUGUAUUGUGUGUGCACUGUGUGUGACGCAGGCGAUGUCCUGAAAGCCAGAGUGACCCCUCCUCCUCCCCCGCUCACAAGAUCGAGAUCGACCGCCCACCAGAACAGGUAAUAACACACGGCUACACUCUGUAUACAUGAGUGUGUGUCGACACGUUGAUUGUUCGAUCAGGCCAUGUGGCAGACGCUUCGGGCGGGCGUCACACGGGGCCAGCUGAUGCAGCUCUUCCACAAAGGGUCGGUGGGCGGGACAUGCUCUCACCCUUGUGUCGCCCGAUUGAACACUCCUUUGUCUGUCUGUCUGUGGUGUGUGCGUUGUGUUCAGUUACGGUGAUGCGUCGAGGAUGCGAUCUGAGGGCCGAUUCGACGCGCUGGCACUCAAGUCAUGAGACCGCUUUAGGCAGGUGUUGGUAGGUUCGGUUUAUGUGGUGUUGUUGUGUCUUCUCUUGUACCGCUGGCCAGUGUGUCCUAACAUUCACGCG